AUUACGUGAUCUUAUUUCGGUGGGACAAACGUUUAUGAACAGUUGUGAAACCUCCAAUUCGCUGGUAAAGCCAGCUUUAGCUGUUGGGGGCCUCUGACUCCUCAGCUGGGAGUGUUUGUGUGGGUCAUUUUUAUGAUUUAAACCUGCUCUGAGAGGAUGCAUGGUGGCUACGAGACCCGCGAAGAGUGGGAGGAGAAGCUCUAUGGUGAUGCAAGCUCUGAAGAUUCACUUAGCUUCAGUGAACUGGAGUUUCGUCUCUACAGCCAGCUCCACUACUCUUCCAAUGCUGCAGAUUUGGAGGAACUGGUGGAUAAUGAAGAAAAGAAUGACAGACCAAGUCUGGAAAACCAGCAACAUGACAUGCUCGAAGCAGCUGGAGAGGGUGGAAGUCAAAUGCUUUUACAAAAAGGCAGUAAGCAUUCGUCAUCGAAUGACGACAGCCUCCAGCAAAACAAAAAGAAGAAACAGAAGAAUAAAACUCGCGCCACACAUCAGAAAUCAUCACCAUUACUGGUAGAUUUUGAGGAGGUUAUUGUGAUCGACUCCGGUCCUGAUGUCAUCUCAAUCUCUGAUGACGAAUCUUCGGAUGAGGGGAUCUGUGCCCUCAAGGGUCAAGGUUCACGCAAAAUCCAGACUUCAACUCCGUCACAACAGAAAACCCAGAACAGAAAAAGAAGUCCCAUCGUGCCAAUGACCAUUGCCUCCAGCAGUUCAGCAUCUUCAGAAUCCAAACUCAAGUCUGAGUCUGACUCGACUCCCGAGUCUGACUCGACUCCCGAGUCUGACUUGAAUCUUGGGUCAGAGUCUGAAUCAUCAGGUUCAUCGGAUUCAGAUGAGCUGGAGAACUGGAUGAUACUGGGUCAAGGGUUGCUGGAUGGAGACGACUCUAUCUCACUCAACCUGAAAGGAGGUUCUUACAACAGAACAGAUGCUUGUGACGAAGAAGAAAAAGGCAUUUGGUUUGUUUCAGAAAGAGACAAGGACGCUCAGAUCUUUAAUAAAGGCAGCGGUCUCAGGAUACAGCGGGUGUCGAACAGAUACUUCACUGAGAAGAACAUCCACUGCAGAAACUGCAACAAGACCGGACAUCUCUCCAAGAACUGUCUCGAGAGCAAAAAGCUGUUGGUGUGUUACCUCUGUGGUAUGGUAGGACACAUGGCCAAAGCAUGUCCCAGCAAACACUGUACCAACUGUGGACAUCCUGGACACAGCUUCGAGUCCUGCCGGGAGAAGGCCUAUUGGCACAAACAUUGCAAUCGAUGCAACAUGAAGGGUCACAACUUUGAUGAAUGUCCAGAAACCUGGAGACAGUACAACAAUAUGACUACAAGUGGCCCUCCUGUGAGUGACCCUUUGAAGGCGAACAAAGCUCGGUCUACUGCCUACUGCUACAACUGCUCCAAGAAAGGACACUUUGGCUUUGAGUGUGUACAUAAGAGGAUGUUUAGUGGGGUUUAUCCAAGCAGCUCGCUCAUCAGUCACUACGACACCGUGGCGGACAUUAAACGCAGACGACACCGGGCACAAAUGAAGGUUAAUGAUGUGCCGGACGGCCACACACCUAUCGUUUGUGACAGGCAGGUCCCUCCCCACCUGGAGAGGGAUGCGUCUGUGAACACUGACGUGACUGACAUCACCUUGCCCAGGGGAACUGCCUGA